UGACGAGGAACGCGAAUUUUGAUAACAGAAAAAUAUAAAUCUAGGGUUUCAAAUUUCUUUGUAUCUCAACCCCAAAAUUUCCUCUUUUCCCUCCCUUUGAACAAUUCCCUCAAGAAUUCCCCUCCCCCACUUUUACUUAUUUUUUUCAUUGAGAAAAUUUCUCUUCUAAUCUUCAUUAUUGAUCAUCGUUAUCAUGAUCUAAUGGGCCCUUGUUUUCUACGGGUCCUAUUGGUGUUUUGGUUAGUGUAGGAGCGUUAAUGUUGUUCUGGUUGGUGAAUUAAGAAGAGGAAAAAGUUAAGAUCAUAAGCGGUUUCAUUGUUGAAGGGGGUGAAAUCAUUGGUUAAUUAACAAGCUUUGUUUUUGUCGAUGUUUUGACGGAUAAUUAUCUACGUUUGGUCCAAAUAUGGAGUCAGAGAGCACGCAUCCUUCGACCAGUUUAGUCAAAUGCUGUGAUUGCAGUUGUAGUUCUUGUGAUACAACAACUGGAUCUUAUUCUAGAUCAUGGAUACGUUCUGUGAAACGAAAAUUAGACGAAUAUGAAGGAGAUGGCGGCAAAUUUUUCAUACCAGGUCUUCAGAUUCAUGAUGUCGCCCGUGUUGAAAUUGAAAACGAAUGCGAUGUGUUACGUGAAAUGGUCAGCAAUCAACAACGCACUAUUCAGGACCUCAUUUCUGACCUAGAAGAGGAAAGGUACGCUUCUUCUUCAGCUGCAAAUGAAGCCAUGUCUAUGAUCUUAAAAUUACAACGUGAAAAAGCUGAAAUCCAGAUGGAGGCCAGACAAUUUAAGCGUUUUUCUGAAGAAAAAAUGGCUCAUGAUCAACAAGAGCUUAUGGCGUUAGAAGAAUUGUUAUAUAGAAGGGAGCAAUCUAUUCAAUCAUUGACUUGUGAAGUUCAAGCAUAUAAACACAGAAUGAUAAGUUAUGGUCUUACAGAAUCUGAAGCAGAUGGUGAGAAAAGCUUCAUCACACGCGAAAAUAGUGUAGCCACAAAUCUAGAAAGCCAAUUUCAAUUUGAUUUUCCUUCAUAUGAUUACCCUCCUCUCAAAUGCAAUUCAAAUGAAAAUCAACCUUAUCAAGAACACGACAAUGAAACAGUUGAUAUAGAAAAGUAUGCAUUUGGUGAAACCCCACGUUCAUUAAAAGACAUAGAAGAAAGAAUCAAUCAAUUGGAAAAAAGCCCUACGCAUAGUCAACCCGUUCUUGAAAAAGUCAUAGUUGGUCAUUCCCCAAUCAAGAAACAUUCUAGAAGAUUCUCCUGUGAUAGUGCUGGAACAUAUUAUGCAACUGUUAGAGAAGACUUGAGUGGCAAUGUGAAGAAGAUGGAGGAUGAUUUUGGUAAUUUCAAGAAAGUGGAAACCGUUUCAGAAUUUGGAGAUGACACGAGUGACAGGAUUUAUACCAUUGAUUCUAUACAUAACAAUGAUCAAAAGGGGAAUAUUGGUAGUUAUGAUGAUUUUAUGAGUAGUACACCUAAAGAGUCAUCUUCACGUACUGAUAUUGAAGAUCCAGAAGUGAAGAAGCUGUAUAUGAGGCUUCAUGCACUUGAGGCUGAUAGGGAGUCAAUGAGACAAGCUCUUAUUUCUAUGAGGACUGAUAAAGCUCAAUUGGUUUUGUUGAAGGAGAUUGCUCAACAAUUGGCUAAAGACAUGUCACCUCCAAGUAGGAUGAUUGGAAAGAAGGCAUCUGGUCGUAUUGAUUCUUCCUUCUUCUCACUUUUCAAGAGGAUUGUAACAUUUGGUUAUUUUGGAAGGAGAGCACAACGAAAUAAGCAGAUUUAUAGUGCGCUGGCAGACAAUGCAGGGUUGCUAAUGCUUCUAAAUAAGGGACCUCAGAUGGGGCAAUGGAGGUGCCUUUCAACUACACAAGUUUGACUCACAAAUUAAAUUAGAAAAACAAAAUCACUCUGUAUCCAUUUUUUUUUUUUUUUUUUUUUUUGCUGAUGUCAUCCAUAUUAACUAGCUCUUGAACGUGCUGUAUUUUUACAUCACACUCUUAUAUUUUUAGAUUUGUCUAUUAUUCAUGUUCACAUCUGGUUUUGUUUUUGUUGCGAAUAUGGAUUUGCUUAACUACAAAAUUUUCCUUUCUUGCUAUUUUUGUGCUUCUUGUGUUAUGCUUGCAACAUUUGAAGCUUUUCUUUUUGUCAAAAAUGAAUGAUCUUGCGACGUUGCUUAUUCAUAGACAUGAUCCUCUCUUACACUGCUAUUUUGGGCCUUCUAUAACCGGGUCUAUAACUAAGCCUUGAGUAAAUUGCACGAACAGUCCCUCAUGCAUGUGUCAAAUAACCCGUUCAAUCGUUAUUUUCAAAAAUUAACUCGGACCGUCCCUCGUUUGGUUAAAAGUUACACGUUUUAUCCCUUGU